AUGGGCCCCUUCUCCACGCUGCAGGCCAGUGGGCCGCGUCAGGGACUCUUGCAAACUCAGGCGCAGGAGCUCGUCGCCUCGAUCAGCAAAUGUGGAUUCUUGCGCGAACGCCCGCUGAACCUGAACUUCGCCGGAACCUUGCUGGAGAACCUGGGCUUCUGCCUGGAGGCCGAGGUGAAAGAAGAGGAACUGGCCAAGGAGAACAAGGAGCUGCUGAAGCAGAAGCUGGAAGAUGCCUUGGCGGAACUGCACGAGAAGUCGCCCGAAGACUUCCGAAAGGAGCUCGAGGAGCUUCCGCCAGAUCGCUACGAGGAUGCCCAGGCCCUCCCCACCUUCGUGAAGAAUCUCAUCAGCUCCCAAAGGAUGGAAGUCGGCUGCCAUCCAGAACUUCUCCUCCUUACUGGCGAGCUGGCGAAGAGAGUUGCUGAGGUCGUUGGCGGGACCGGUGAACCUUCUACAUCUGUCUCCAACGUCAGCAACUACAAGGCACCUAAGGCUGAAUGCUACGAUCCGGCAAGAAUCUGUCGCAGCAAGGAGAUGCUGAUCUACACAGGCAACGGUGCCCGCGCAGAAGUGCGCGAUGCCUAUGGAGCUUUCUGCAAAGGUCACCAGGACAUGGAAAGCUGGAUGAUCCCCUUUUUCAGUGCUCUGGCGGAAGCGGAGGACUCGCGUCGCAAGCUUAUUUCUUACCUGAAGCUGAAGCUGCACUCUGGGGCCCUGAUCCAUCGUUCAGACAUUGCUGAUGGGAAGACCGGAUAUCUUUUGUCCAUCGCCGCUGCUCAGCAGGUUUGGAUCCCUGAAAAGACGAAGGAACUCUUGACGAUCUUAGAAGAAUACCUGCCGAAGGUCAUUGAGGUGUCUCGGAAUUUCCCCAACACCACGGGUGCCCAAACGUUGCUGAUGCGGGUCAUGGACGCGCUGCUCUUCAUCGAGGAGCCGGCCAACGAGGAGUUCAAGCGGAAUGCGCACGCUGUGCGGGAGCGCUGCACCAACGUGCAACGUGAGCGCCUGGACUUUUUGCUCGAGUCGGUGGAUGCUUGGCUUCCCUUCCUCCACAGCAGCGAAGCGAAUACGCAGCUCUACAGGGACUGCCAGUUCCUGCUGCUCCUCUUGCGAGCAGUGCACCUCCGCCGCAUCCUGCAGAUUGGAGGAUCUAGCCAGUCAUUGAAAGAGAAGCUGGAGACGGUGACCUGGCAAAUCCUGAAGGCCAUUGACCCAGACCUGGUCUCGAAGGAGAAGAUCAUACUGGAGAUCGAUGGAGUGCGCCGCGACUGUACGCAGUACGUACGCGAAAGCCUUCAUCCAGCAGGAGAUGCGAUCUUGAUGGCUUCCAACGGCAAGGACGUCACCGCCUUUUUCCAUGCUGUUCAUGCGAAAAAGACAAAGGAGUUGAUGGCCAAGCAUUGUCCAGAAGUCCGUCCGGCUCAGCGCCCGAUGAGAUUUUGGCAGGCAGUUCGCGGCUUGCUGUGGAGCUGA